GAUUUUUGCUGAUAAGAGCCCAAAUGCAUACCAGUUUUCCACAGACAAAAAGAAAAUAGUUAAAGCUAGAUCACCUAUUAAUAAAUCAUGCUCAAGGAAGUUAAGUUUGAGCAAAAAAAACAUUGAUGAAGACAUGAAGGCACAAACUUCUGUAAAAGAUAUCAGCAUUUGUGUAGACACUGACUGUAAAGGUAUUUCAAAGAAUGAACAUGCCUUUUCACCUGUAAAACCUGUUUUGGCCGACAAACCGGAGAAAAACACUUCAGAUUUAAUUGAUCAAGGUUCAAAAUUGGAUGGAAAGAGAAGAAUCUUGAAGGAUCAUUUUAUCUUGAAUCCACUAGAUACUUUGAGCAGCAACAGAG